AUGGAGAACCCAGCAAAGUAUCUCUCAGCGGUGCAGGUGAUGGAAUCAGCGCCGGCACCCCUCGGAGAGACUAUGUGGAACACCACCGAAACGGAGGCAACAAAGGACGGUAGGACGGAUUUGGUGGCGCGCACCGUGACGGGCUGUCUGCUGUCCCUGCUCAUCCUGUUGACCCUCCUGGGGAACAUAAUGGUGUGCUCCGCGGUGCUGCGCUUUCGGCCACUGCGGACCAAAGUCACCAACAUUUUCAUCGUCUCCCUGGCUCUAUCGGAUUUAUUCGUGGCCAUCCUGGUGAUGCCCUGGAAAGCUGUGGCAGAGGUGGCGGGGUACUGGCCGUUUGGCACUUUCUGUAACGUCUGGGUAGCGUUUGACAUUAUGUGCUCCACCGCCUCAAUCCUCAACCUCUGCAUCAUCAGCAUGGAUAGAUACUGGGCCAUCUCGAGCCCCUUCCACUACGAGAGGAAGAUGACCCAGAGAGUUGCCUUUGUUAUGAUAAGCAUAACUUGGACGUUGUCUGUGCUCAUCUCAUUCAUACCGGUCCAGUUGAACUGGCAUAAAGCCAACGAUGACGAAACAGCGGGGACGCACAACUCCUCCACGAGCCGGCUGUUGGAGGAGAACUGCGACUCCAGCCUGAGCAGAGAGUAUGCCAUCUCCUCCUCUUUGAUAAGUUUCUAUAUUCCCGUUGCGAUUAUGAUUGUGACUUACACCCGAAUAUACCGGAUCGCACAAAUACAAAUUAGAAGAAUAGCCUCCCUAGAGAGAGCAGCAGAGCACGCGCAAAGUUGCAGGACAAACAGAAUAGAGUGCCAACGCCAUAACACCUUGAAAACGUCAAUUAAACGCGAGACAAAAGUUUUCAAAACUCUGUCGGUGAUUAUGGGAGUGUUUGUGUUUUGCUGGUUACCUUUCUUCAUCCUAAACUGCAUGGUCCCGUUCUGCGACAGGCCGGCCACAGAUCGGGACGCGGGCCUGCCGUGUGUAAGCGAAACCACUUUCGACGUGUUCGUGUGGUUCGGCUGGACCAACUCCUCCCUGAACCCCAUCAUCUACGCCUUCAACGCAGAGUUCAGGAAGGCUUUUGCGAGCCUCCUGGGCUGUCGCAACUUCUGCUCCAGUACGCCAGUGGAAACUGUGAACAUCAGUAACGAGCUGGUCUCCUAUAAUCAAGACACCCUCACCCACAAGGAGAUCGUGAACGCAUACGUGAACAUGAUGCCCAACGUGGUUGAAUGUAUCGAACACGAAGAGACUUUUGACAGGAUUUCUCAGUUUUCUCACAACAAUGAAAUCCCCACCGACUCUGUUUGUGACUUGGAAGACUGCGAGGCAGAUAUCAGCCUUGACAGGAUGUCACCGUUCACACCCAAUGGAAUACACUGACUCCAACGUUGUUCUCCCAGUGCAUUUGGAUGUAUUACUUAUAAUAAUCUCAUCGUUCUUCACCUCUUUGGUCCCAGAAGCUGCUCUCCAUAUGGACCCCACAUGGUCAGGAUCUACCGCGCUCUGAGCAGCUGCUGAGGGACAAAGUGACUCAUGCUCAUGGACACUUCAGCAGGAUGCAUGCCUCUCUAGCCACCAGUCCCCCCUGCCGCCGCUUUAUGUCAAUAAUGAGAUGUGAUGUUGUUGUCCUGUUCUGAAAUAAGUGAUGUAGGUGUUUAUUUACAUGACAAGUGAAGUCUGUGUUUCAUCUGUUAAAAAGUUAAAUGUAAGCUGUUGUUUACCGGAAAGGCUUCUGUGUCUCAUCCACUUGCAGAGGGAAAAAUGUUUGUAAAAACUCACAUGAGGAUUAUAAUGAUUAUAAUGGAAACCUUUUUGCUGCUUAAAAACCUCCGUGUAUCCAGUGCCCGCCUUUCCACUGAGUAUGAAAACUGAGGGAAGCCUUACUGACAGUGCAACCAAGAUAUCUCUACUCAAAUGCAGUCAUUUUCAGCGCCUUAUCUUAUUUAAGGAAGAGUUUUGAGACGAGAAAGGAAUGUGUCUAAAGUUACAUGAUGCCAAAAUGCAGUAUCAAAGUGUUUACCCACGCACUACACCCACCCUGAUGGCUCCUCCUCCAGCACACCCUCUCUGCCUCCUUUAUGCAGUUUGAUCACAGAUGGCCGGAGGAAAACACGAUUUAAAGGCACCAGAACUAAUGCUAUAAACUUGCAAGAGUUACACUGAAAUCCAAAUCAAAUAAUUCUGACCAGAACCAGCAGUUAUUAAAGCGGUCAACAUCGUUAACUCUUUUCUGUGACCUUCAUUUCUCCUUGAGGCCAAAACUACUGAAUGGUUCUGCUUUAUCAACCAGUCAGCUCUAACUGACCUUACAAAAGAAAAGAAAGGAUCAAGGCUGUCCUGAACGACCAAAGAUUUCAAGGAGGGAAUCAAUAACUCCGACACAAUAAGGCUACGGCGUUUGUCAGCUGCAGGAAUAAUUGCUAUAGAAAGCCUGUACAGACACGCACGCACGCACUCACGCACGCACGCACGCGCACGCGCGUGCACACACACACACGCACACGCACAAGGGCCACUGGGCCAACACAACUGGAUGUCAUACAUCACCUCUCCAACACCUCUAUCUUUGUACUGUACAGGUGAUCUGAUCUGAAUGUAUACUGUACUUUAAACAGUGAAGUGUGUCAUCAUUUGUCUAAUAAAAUGCUGUCAUGCUGAGAGG